CCCUCCCAAUCAUGUGAUUCAGGUGUUCCAAUCCCCUCCCAAUCAUGUGAUUGAGGUGUUCCAAUCUCCUCCCAAUCAUGUGAUUCAUGUGUUCCAAUCCCCUCCUCAUAUCAUGUGAUUCAGGAGUUCCAAUCCCCUCCCAAUCAUGUAAUUCAGGUGUUCCAAUCCCCUCCAUAUCAUGUGAUUCAGGUGUUCCAAGGUGUUCCCCUCCUAAUCAUGUGAUUCAGGUGUUCCAAUACCCUCUUAAUCAUGUGAUUCAGGUGCUCCAAUCCCCUCCCAAUCAUGUGAUUCAGGUGUUGCAAUCCCCUCCAUAUCAUGUGAUUCAGGUGUUCCAAUCCCCUCCAUAUCGUGUGAUUCAGGUGUUCCAAUCCCCUCCAUAUCAUGUGAUUCAGGUGUUCCAAUCCCCUCCCAAUCAUGUGAUUCAGGUGUUCCAAUCCCCU